AUGCCGCGGCUCCUCUGCUUGGGUCUGCUGUGGCUCUGGCUCCUUCCUCUUCGGUUCUCCCAAGAGCAAAGCUACAGAAGCACAGCCAAGAAGCUGUGCGGCAGGCACCUGCUGGAAAGAAUAGUAAAACUCUGUGGGGAUGCUGACUGGAGCCACUUCGAGAAUAUCCCUUUAAAAACACAGCUGAUUCCCCAGGCUUCGAAGAAAGUUGAAAGCCUCAUCCCUGGCGGGUUGAAAAGCUCCCAAACCACUUCCCCAGCCUGGGGGAAAGGCACAGACGCAGUCUCUACUUCUGCCUCUCAGGAAGAAUUAAUAAACAAUGUGGAGAUGCAGUUACCUCCUGAGUAUCAAAAUAAAAAGGCCAACUUGCUACCUAAUAAGACAAGAAAAUUUGCCUCAUCACAAGAUAUUGAUUCAUAUGUUCAUGAGAUUAUAGAAUAUCAGAAGAAAAAUACAAACAAAAUUAAAACCUUAAGGAAAUUGAUUAGGGGGAAUCAUCUCCAAAGAAUACGCAGAGGAUACUCAGAAAAGUGUUGUCUUAAAGGAUGUACAAAAGAAGAACUUAUUAUUGCAUGCCUUCCAUAUAUUGAUUAUAAAAACUUAAAAAAAGAAGGAGCAUCAGUUGUGACUGAAAUAUACUAA